ACAACCUCAACACUCUCAACAACCUCAACGACUGCGGGCUGGAACCCCCGCUGAGCUCCAUUAGAGUUAGACCCUCCCAGAGAGAGAGAGAAGCCACUCUCGAGCGGUCUCACUCAGCCACAUAACUCCCGACAGGAUGCCGCCACCACCACGCUUUUCGCCCACGGCUCCAUUCUCACGGAUAACACCACCUCUAGUAACAAAUGCACGGCGACCAACCAUAUGCCCCUCAUGCGCACUCACUCUGCAGCGGAGGGCAGCAGCGGCAGCGGGAGUCACUCAGCGUGGUACUUGGAGUACGUCCCAGUUGCAACAGACGCGGAAUUACGCCGAGAACGCCUCCAAGGGAAAUCGCAGAAGAAGAAACGGGUAUGGGAUAUGACCGAGUUUCCGCCGGAGCGCGUACGGAAUUUCAGCAUCAUCGCACAUAUAGAUCAUGGGAAAAGUACGCUUGCGGACCGGUUGCUUGAGAUGACAGGAACGAUCGCACGAGAUGCGGAGAAUAAGCAGGUUCUUGAUAAGCUGAAGGUGGAACGGGAACGGGGGAUUACGGUGAAGGCGCAGACAGCGUCGAUGGUGUACACAUACAAAGGAGAAGACUAUCUUCUGAAUUUGAUCGACACGCCCGGACACGUCGACUUUAGCUACGAAGUGUCUCGGUCACUGGCGGCAUGUCAGGGAACCCUGCUCCUCGUCGACGCCGGCCAAGGCAUCCAAGCCCAAACCGUCGCCAACUUCUAUCUCGCCUUCGGGCAAGACCUCGCCAUUAUCCCAGCCAUCAACAAAAUCGACCUCCCCGCUGCAGACGUCGAAAAGGUUGCAUCCCAAAUCGAAGCCACCUUCGACCUCGACGUCUCAGACAUCAUCGCCAUGUCCGCCAAAUCGGGCCUAGGCGUCGACAAAGUCCUGCCCAAAGUAAUCGAAAACAUCCCCGCCCCUACCGCCGACCGCAGCGCGCCCUUCCGCGCCCUCCUAUUCGACACCUGGUACGACCAAUACGUCGGCGUCAUCUGCCUCAUCGCCGUCCGCGAAGGCAGUCUCAAAAAGGGCCAACGCAUCGUCUCCGCCUACACCCGCACCUCCUACGAAGUCACUGAUAUAGGAAUCAUGUACCCUUCCCAAGUCUCUACGCCGUCCCUGCAGGCCGGCCAGGUUGGCUACGUCGUCCUCGGCAUGAAAACCACCCGCGACGCGAAUAUCGGUGACACUUUCUACCGUGAAGGUCACCCCGUUGAAGCCUUCCCGGGCUUCGAACCCGCCAAAAGCAUGGUCUUUGCUGGCUUGUAUCCCGUCGAUUCGGCCGACUACACGAAACUGCAGGAAGCACUCGACCGACUCACUCUCAACGACGCCAGCGUCAGCGUCGCCCGGGAAUCCUCCAACGCAUUGGGACAAGGGUUCCGGCUAGGAUUCCUCGGUACCCUCCACAUGGACGUGUUCCGCGAACGCCUAGAGGAGGAGUACGACGCGUCCGUGAUCAACACCUCGCCCACGGUACCCUAUAUCGUCCGAUACACCAAUGGCGAGGAGAAGAUCGUCCGCAAUCCGGCGGAGUUUCCGGAUAUUGAGGAACUGGCGAAGGUGGGGGCGUUGUUGGAGCCGAUGGUUAUGGGGACGUUGAUCUUUCCGGCGGAGCAUUUGGGGUCGUUGAUGGAUUUGUGUGGGGCGCAUAGAGGCGAACAAGUAGACUACACCUACAUAGACGACAAUAGAGUAAUGAUGAAAUACCGCCUCCCACUCUCCGAAAUCCUCACCGAUUUCUACGACCAGCUCAAAUCGCGGACUUCUGGAUACGCCAGUUUUGACUACGAAGAAACAGGCUACGACGAAGCCGACCUCGUCAAAGUCAACAUCUUACUGAACAGCAAGCCCGUCGACGCGUUGGCGACCAUUGUGCAUCGGUCGCAUGCUGAUCGGGUCGCGAAGGAUUGGGCGGCAAGGUUGAAAGCCGUCAUCAAUCGCCAGUUGUUUGAGAUCAUCAUCCAGGCUGCGGUUAAUAAUAAAAUUGUUUGUCGGGAAUCCGUCAAACCCGUACGAAAAGACGUCACAGCCAAAUGCUACGGAGGCGACAUUACACGAAAAAUGAAACUCCUCGACCGGCAAAAAGCGGGCAAGAAGCGCAUGAAGACGGUCGCGGGCGGGGUGCAGUUGCCCCAGGAGGCGUUCUUGACGCUCAUGAAGGGGAAAUAGAAAAUCUCAUGCGGGGAUGUACCAUGAUAGAGUAGAGGACGCAGGGAGCAGGGUUUUGUAAGUUAUAGUGGGGGUGGAUGGAGGGGAAGGGGGGCAAGUGGAAGACGUGUGGUAUAUGUACGAGGUUGGGUUGGCCGGCGUAUGUAGCGGAGGUGUAUACAUCGUAUGUAAUGUAGGAGGGUAGACGGCGACGGGGUUGUUGUAUGUACAUCAGUCUCGUUGAUCCUGCCGAGACACGUUUACGACAGCGAUAAAGUCGCUGUCGACGCAGGCAAACUUCAUGUAUCAGAGCGCGUCCAGCGUGCUUCACUUGAUUGCGGUCCUGAUACCGUACUAUAUGUAUAGAACAG